AGAAAGAAAGUGAGUCUUAACAAUGAGUCUGGAGGCUGUACUGAAGACUGUCGGGUCGCAUUUCCUCAGUUUGUCUGAGCGGAUAUUCUUGUACGGACCCCAGGGCAAGCUGUUGCUGAGGAAUCUCGAGGAACACUGGUUCUCUCACUGCGUCACAAUGCCGCAUUAUAACGUGUUCCCAUGUGACACAAUCGCAGAUACAUUGCAGCAACUACGGAGCAACUCGAUGGACAUGCUGCCAUUUGCACUUGUCACACUGGGGACAUCCAAGAGCGUGUGGAACGAGUCUCUGCUGUCAGUGGGUAAGGUACCAUCCCACAGAAUCGCCAAGAUUAACGUGUUUGUUGAUGCAUCGGACUCGAAGGAUCUGCUGCAUAAGAAGCAAAGAGAGCGCAAAGUAUGGUGGCGCAAACUUGCUCAGCAUCCCUCGAGAUUCGUCCUCGCCGAGGCAAAGAAAACGAGGAAUCUGGAUGUGACGGAGAUAGAGGCGCAGUUUCCUUUUGGAAAUAUCAUCGUGGAAACAAUCACUCAUUAUCCCGGCGUACGCAAGUUGUAUCCUCAGACUGAAAAUAAUAAAGAUAAUGUUAUGGAUGUGCAUAUGGUUGAGCAUAUCGCUUCCAUGGAUUGGGGCUGCUUGGCAUUACUCUGUGAUAGCCAUAUGCUGGAUAAAUCAACUAGAGCGUAUAUUCAUCCUAAGUUAUGCCCAUACAAAAUCACGUUCCACAUAGGGAAACAGGAAAAUGAGACUGAUUCAGAUAUAGAAGACUUGAAUCGCUUUGUGCUAUACUUAAACAAUAUGCUUAGGACGAGAGGGAUCUCUACCAUAUUGACAAAUACAGAACAAAUCAUAGAAAUGUGCCUAAUACCGUACGUCGUGUCAGUGGAUAAGACUAGUCUUAAGAAUGGCGUUGUACAUGUAAAAAAUCGAUCAACGACGCUUAGUGAGGCAGUUCACAUUACUGACUUGGUAAAGUAUAUUAGUUUGCGUUCUUUUUGAAUUACCGUAGUGGUAGU